AGCUUCUGAUAUAGGUGCAUGCUUAUAUAAAAUUCAAAAUGAUAAUAUUAGACCAAGAAAUUUUCUAGACACAGAUAGUGAGGAUGGUAUCGAAGCUAUACUCUUAGACUGUGAAAGCCAUUUAUUGCAUGAAUUUAUUGAUAAUAAUGAGCCACUUUAUCCUAUUAUAGAUUUUGAUUUGCCAAUAGAAAUGCUAAAUGCUAUUAAUUCUAAAGUUUCAUAUAAAGAAGUCUAUAAAGCUAUUUAA